GUCGGAGAAAUCAGAGAAAGCGCCACCCAGCCCCAGAUUCCGAGGGGCCUGCUAGGGACUCUCUCUUCCUCCUCCCUGGAAGGAAGGAGACCCCGAGGCUGCUGUCUCACACCAGCUCCUGGGCUAAGAUGGAAUUGGCAGCCACUGUUCUCUGGCUGGCCUCCAUCCUGCCAGGCAGAUAGGGUGGCUGCUGCCCCAGGAGCACCUGCCCUUUUGCUGCUGCCCCGCUGCUCCUCUGGGGUCAGCCCUUCCUGGAUUUGGUGGCCACCUUUGCUAACCUGAGGCCAUGUAGGCCCUUCUCAGGCCUCUGUGGACACACCACUGGGGACAGCACCUCUGCUCUUGGGGAAACCCUGUGCACCACCAUGCCCUGGGGACUCGCCUGGCUGCACUAUCUUGGGAUUCUCCUUGGCAUGGCUUUGAGGAGCGACAGUUUGGAGGUGUGGUCCUUGACCCAGAAUAAGGAGUGUGAUGUUACCGGCUACCUGCGGGUCAAGCUGCAGUACAAGAACCGGCUUCAGUACAUGAAACACUACUUUCCCAUCAACUACAAGAUCGGCGUGCCUUAUGAGGGGGUGCUCAGAGUCGCCAACAUCACCAGGCUGCAGAGGGCCCGGGUGAGUGAGCGCGAGCUGCGGUAUCUGUGGGUCUUGGUGAGUCUCAACGCCACUGAGUCGGUCCAGAAUGUGUUGCUCGAGGGCCACCCAUCCUGGAAGUACCUGCAGGAGGUUCAGACACUGCUAUUGAAUGUCCAGGAGGACCUCAUGGAUGUGGAGAUCAGCCAGGUGGAAGCGGUGUUAUCUCUCCUGAGUACCCCAAGUCUGAGCCUGAAACUGGUGCGGCCCAAAGCCUUGCUGGACAACUGCUUCCGGGUCAUGGAGCUGCUGUACUGCUCUUGUUGCAAACAAAGCACCACCCAAACAUGGCAGGACUGUGAGGUGCCAAGUCUUCAGCCCCACGGUCCAGAGCCCUUGUUGCAGUGUGCAGCUGCCCAGGUGUACCCUCCUCCCCGGCAGCCCCCCACCUCCUUGCCCUACUUCCCGGGCACAAGUGCUGGUCCCUAG